CACCUGCUACCUGUUACCUGACCUUGUCAUUGGGGAACAAGGUAAACACCCAGUUGGUGUAAUAUGAUACAGAUGGCAUUGUGACUUAAGAAAGCAAAACAAACAAUGACGUCACGGUACUUUCCAGGCCUGAUGGGAAAGUACGCAUUAGGACAUACGCAGUAGAAAAUUCAAAGCACUUCUGCAGUAGUCUGAGGCUGACAUUGAGCACACCUGCUACUCUACCACAGUCUUCAACAUGCCGUUCACAGCAAAACAACAUUCGAGGACAACUCUGCGACAGAGGCGCAUCAAGUACAGCAGCCGGGCCCUGUUGCUCCUUUCAGUACUGUUAAUGGGAGGUUGUAUAACAAGUAUGGUACUCGCUUACAUAUGGAUGCCACAACCAGAUAAAGAUCCACGCAUCCAAACACCAUUGAAUACCAGCCUUCUACUGGACAUACCUGAGGAUCACCAUUACACAUACUUCUGUCUCCAUUAUCAUGGCUGGAGAGAGUGCAUACAGUUGAAACAUCAUGGAAACAUCACCUUCAACAUGACAGUUGAAAGAACAAUAUCAGAAGCCCACCAUGACCGGUCUAAAGCUGAUAUUGCAGCUGGCUUUCUCUGGGGAUGUUGCCAAAUGAAUGUAGUUGCUGGGGGUAAUGUCAAGGAAGCCCCACCCCCACAGAGUGAAAAGACAGCCUCCAGUCCAUUAAUUCCAGGACCUCCAGAUGUGAGCUCGAGGGUUGACAAUAGGGUGGGUCACUCUAAGACUUGUGCAGUCAACAUCAUUUCACAAAUAGAUCCAUCCUUUGAUGCUGGGCCAGAAUUUAUUGGAUCUAUUGAUGGACAUGUGAAAGAACUGGAGGCAAAGAUCAAAGCCAGUAACAGCAGCUCAGAAGGACCACUGAAGCCAAGGACAUACGACUGUUUCAUCAUCUACAGCAGAGAUGAUGAAGACAUUGUGUACAACAAGCUGAUCCCCUUCUUCAUCAGCAACAACAUCAAGUACUGUGAACACCAGGAGCAUUUUGAGCUUGGUAAAGACAUCUUUGACAAUGUAAACAUAUGUAUAAAACACAGCAGGAGAGUGGUUGCAGUUCUGUCUAGGUCAUUCUUUGCCAGUGGCCAUUGCAUGUAUGACUUGAAAUCUGCAAGGGGCUAUGCUGCUGAUAAUGGCUACAGUGUACAGGAUUUCCUCAUCUCAAUCAAAAUCACAAAUUUUGAAUUUCCCAACAAAUACCGCGACAUCGGUAAUUCAACCUAUGCUGACUUGUCCAAAGAUGUCAAUGAUGAAAGAAAAUGGCUUCAGAUCAAGAAAGCUCUUACUGAGUUCAGUUUGGCUUCAGUUGUCAUUGAGAUGGGUGCUAAGUACAGUACUCCAAAACUCAGACUUCCUGUACAAGAUGUGUCUGUAGUUAGUAUGGUUACCGAAGUAUAA